GAAAUGCUGCAAAAUGCUCCGUUUUCCAUGAGUGAAAUCCCGAUUUCUGCUCAUAUCCCAUCUUUUUCCCCUCAUCCAAACACUGGCUGCUAUUUGAAAUGCAAUAAUCCAAAGUGGAGAAAUUAUGUGGAAGAAGUCGUCUUCGUCCCUAUUGCUAUGCAAAUGUGUAUGGCCGACCAGCAUGCACAUGUCCAUUUGGCUUUUUGUGGUUCCAUGUCUUUUGCAAGGGAUUGUGGGGUCUACCCAAACCUGAAUUUUUUUUCUUCUUUUUGUUCUUGCAAAUCAAGCAACCUCAACUAUAUAUAUAACCAAAUUUUGAUAGAAACAAAAAAAAAAUCCACCCAACAGGAGCAUCCUCCUUCUUCUCAACCUCUGCCUCCCUUGCCUUGCAUCCAUCCAUCCGCCAUGAAUUAUCAUCAUGGCCUUACUUUGAUCAUCCGCGAGGAGGGCUCGCCAUCCAACCAAGUCUACGACGCCGCCCACCUCUACCUCCCAAGCAUUCAAUUGAUCAAUCCCUCCACUCGGACCAUCGGAGUCACCAAAACACCGCGCAGAGAAACGGUCAAGCUCGCCAUUGAAAGCGGUGAGCAAGUCCCCGACACCUUUGACUGCAUUGACCUGAACUGGCUUUACGUGGUCGAAAAAUGUCCGGACGGCUGUGUUGAACGUCGCUUUGAGCUGACGUUUCAAAAGGAACACAAAGACAAAGUCAUGACCUUCUACUUGGCCUAUGUUGUUCGUCGCGCCGAAGUCAUUAAACAAGAGAGCAAGAUUCUCAACCUCCGCAAAGUUAACUCAUACGACCAAGUCGAAUUCGAGCACCCGGCUACGUUUGAGACGAUAGCCAUGGAGCCCGGCCUAAAGCGAAAGAUUAUAAAGGAUUUGGAGAGGUUUGUGAGCAGGAGGGAGUUUUAUAAGAAGGUGGGCAAGGCUUGGAAAAGAGGCUACUUGUUGUAUGGCCCACCUGGCACUGGAAAAUCCAGCUUGAUUGCAGCCAUAGCUAAUUAUCUCAAGUUUGAUGUGUUUGAAUUGGAGCUUGAUGCUAUUGACAGUGACUCUGGGUUGAAGAAGGCGUUGCUUUCCACUACAAAUCGUUCCAUUUUGGUGAUUGAGGAUAUUGAUUGUUCCGUCAAUAAAGAUAAGGAAAACCGGUUCACACUGUCAGGCCUACUAAACUUCAUGGAUGGUUUGUGGUCAAGUUGCGGAGAUGAGAGAAUUAUUGUGUUCACAACAAACCACAAGGAUCGGCUUGACCCUGCAUUGUUGCGUCCUGGCAGAAUGGAUGUCCACAUUUACAUGGGUUAUUGCACCCCAAGUGCGUUUAAGGUUUUGGCCUCCAACUACCUUGGCAUUCCUGACUUGGACGGUCAUGGCCUUUACGGAGAAAUCGUAGGCUUGCUAGAGAGCACAAAGGUUACCCCUGCUGAGAUUUGUGAGGAACUACUGAAGACAAAUGAUGAGGAUGAUGAUGAAGAUGCUGAUGCUGCUCUCGAAAGACUUGUCGACUUUUUCAAACUCAAGAAGCUUGAAGGUGAUAAACCCGAAAUUGAAGAGGCAAAAAAGCAGAAAAUGGAUGUCGAUGUUAAUAAUGUUAAUAUUUUCAAGAGAGAAACUGAAGAAGAAAGAAGGGAGGAAAUGGAUGUCAAAGUGAAUGAUGACAUAGAAAAUAAAUGA